AUGUACACUCUCAAACUUGGAUCCGGGAGCGUCGUUGUGCUCACGAACCGGAGACUUGUCAAACAGUUGCUAGACAAGAAGUCGGCAACCUCAAGCCACCGACCGGUAUCUCUCGUCCAGCAAGAAAUGAUCACCGAGGGCUCGCAUAUGCUUUGGAUGAAUAAUACUCCGAAGUGGCGAUUAAUGAGAAAACUGGUUCACCAGGACUUGACUGAAGUCAUUUGCGACAGAGAGCAUAGCAGAAUCCAUCAAGCCGAGAGCAUCCAGCUCCUGAAUGACAUGCUCGAAUUCCCGGACGAAUGGAUGCGCCACCUGAAGAGGUUCAGCAACAGUAUCAUUAUGAGUAUCGUAUACGGGAUCAGAUCGCCAUCAAACAACGCCCCAUGGACAAAAGAGCUCAACGGUGUUCUUGAUCUCUGGGCGAAGAUCAACGAGUUUGGCGCUACUCCACCAAUCGACAUCUUCCCAUUCUUGAAGUGGAUACCACAGAGAUACCUAGGCAACUGGGUGACCAGGACCAAGAUAGUCCAUGACAAGCUACAUGAGCUCUACGACAAGCUAUUACGAUCUGUCGAGGCACGACGAGAAGCCACGGGCCCAAUGCACUGCAUCGCCGACCGUGUCCUUGACCAGAACGGAGACCAAGCACUUUCUCGUCACAACGUAAUGUUCCUUGCGGGUGUGGCUCUCAAGGGAGGCUCAGACACCACAGCAUCGACGCUGGCAUCCUUCGUCCAGGCUAUGAUAGCUUUCCCGGAGGUACAGCGUAAAGCACAUGCCGAGCUUGAUGCUGUGAUCGGGCCUUCACGAAUACCAGACUGGAACGACUAUGCAACUCUGCCGUACGUUGCAGCCUUGGUCAAAGAGACGAUGAGGUGGCGACCGACAGCUCCGCUGGGUGUGCCACAUGCCCUCUCCGAAGAUGAGUGGGUAGACGGCAAAUUCCUUCCAAAGGGAACAGUGGUGUUUGUCAAUGUUUGGGGACUGCACCACGACGAGCACAAGUUUCCAGACUCGGAUACAUUCGAUCCAGGCCGCUAUACAGGACGUAUUGGCUCGUCGGCCGAAUACGCAAAUUCAGCGGAUUAUGAAAAUCGAGAUCAUUACGGCUUUGGAAAUGGUCGUCGGCUAUGCCCGGGAAUACAUCUCGCGGAUCGUAAUGUCUGGCACGUCAUCUGCAAAAUGCUAUGGGCGUUCGAGAUCAAGCCCAAAUUCGAUGCGCAAACCAGCUCGGCCAUCACAAUCGAUACCAGUGUGGAGACUGGAUAUAGGGAGGGCCUCACCAUGUGUCCUUACGACUUCCAAUGCGACAUUCAGGUACGCGAUCAGGCGCGUGCCAAGCUUAUCGCCAGCAGCUUGGCGGAAGCGAAAGCAGAUGUCUUCCCGAAGUAUGAGCGUACCGAAUUCUUCAUGCCGACGAAAGCAUGA